AUGAAGUUUUCCAAUCUUAUUGCAGCUGCGGCUCUCACCUUGGGUGUUACUGCUCACCCAUUGGAGAAGCGAAAGACCAAUGCUACUGAAGCUGCUCUUGAAGAUGUCACCACCAAGAGUAACGACUUGAAGACUUCGUUUGGUAAGACCGCUAUCUUCCAGCCAAAGGUCUUUGUCAUCAACAUGUUUCGUAACGAAGCGAAGCCUUGGUUGAGUUCAUUGGAUUUCGCUCACAACAUCACUCUUCCUGGAUUGUCUCCAGAAUACCCAACCAUCCAUUGUUCAACCAACUUCUCGAUCUGUCAAAUGACCACUGGCGAGGGUGAGAUCAACGCUGCUUCUUCCAUGACUGCCCUUGGGUUGUCCCCAAUUUUCGACUUAACCAAGACUUACUUCUUAGUUUCUGGUAUUGCUGGAGGUGAGCCACAGCACACUACUUUGGGGUCUGUUACAUUUGCCAAAUACGCUGUUCAGGCUGCUUUGGAAUAUCAGGUGUCUUACCAAGAGUUCAUUCAAACUCACCCUAACUGGACCUCGGGCUAUUGGGCAUACGGUACUGAUAACCCAUGGACCUACCCGGCAUACGCAUAUGGAACUGAAGUCUUUGAACUUAACGAGAAAUUAAGAGACAAGGCAGUGGAAUUGGCAGAGACUGGUAAGUUGGUCAACGGUACAGAGGCAAAUGCUGAGUUCAGAACUUUGUAUGAAUACGAGGCUGCUCAAAAUUUGCCAUCUGUCGUCAAGUGUGAUGUUUUGACAUCUGAUAACUACUUCACUGGUAAUGUUUUGGGUGACUACUUCUCCUUCUAUUCUAAGAUGAUGUCUAACGGUUCGGCUGUCUACUGUGCUACCGCCCAAGAAGAUAAUGCAUCCUUGGAGGCCGUCACCAGAUUGGAUAAAGCGGGCCUUGUUGACUUUAACAGAGUUAUUGUUAUGAGAACUAUUUCUGACAUGACUAGACCUCCUCCAUCAAAAGCGAACGACACUGUCUCUUGGUUUAACAAUCCAAAGGACGGUGGAAGCGGUGCAGCUUAUUCUAACUUGGUGGUUGCAGGUAUGCCAAUUGUUUCGGACAUCUUAGAGAACUGGGAUGAUGUAUAUUAUUCCGGUAAGGAAUUUGAGCCAGAGAAUUACACUGGUGACAUUUUCAACACCUUGGGUGGUAAGCCAGACUACGGUAAGGAUUCCUUCUAUAUCGAGUGA